ACAUUUAAACGUCAGAUUUCUUGUCAAAAUUGUUCAAUAGCAACAAAUUAUGAUACAAUGUGCAAAAAUACUGAGAUAAAAUUUAUGUAACUUUUGUAAUAACAACUAUAAAAAUAUAUAACGUUAUCAGUUACAAGUGAUAAGAAAUACUAAGUGUGUAUAAUACAAAACAAGUGUGACAAAUGUAGAAACAGUGCACGUACAGCAUAAAUAUUAUGGGUAUUAUCUUAAAUAGUUUCGUAAUUCUUCAUUAGCUAUGUGGGUUAAACCUCAAGAAGUUUUAAUCGCCAAUGCCUUGUGGGAAACUGAACAAAGCACAGAAUACUUCCUUCUACAACACAGGAAAGGUCAUGGAAAUUCAAAAGGUAUUUCUUCCCUUCUUGUUGGAACUAUGGAUUCUAUUUUCGAUACCAAACCUCCUCCUUUUCGUAUAUUACAUCAAACUCCACAUUCAGAGGUUUACUACUUAAUAGCAUGUUCUUUAUAUAAACAAGACAUUGUAAAUGAUUGGGAUUGGUUGAAUGAAAAUAUAAUGGGUACAUUAAAAUCAUUUGACAAAGAAGAUGAUGUCACAGAUUUUGUUACAUGUAAAAUUGAAUCUAUUAUAGCAGCUAAACAAGAUCAAGUUGAAAUUGAAGAUGAAGAUACAAAAGACUUUAAAACUACAAGUGAAAAGUUUCACAGGUUAUUUCACUUUCCUCUUGAAGAAAAACUUGUCAAUUACUAUUCUUGUAGUUACUGGAAAAAGUUUCCCCGCCAAGGAUGGAUGUACUUAUCAUUGAAUUAUUUAUGUUUUCAUUCCUACAUUCUUGGAAAUGAUACAAAGUUGUGCAUCAGGUGGUCAGAAAUUAAAAAUUUGGAAAAAUCAAACAGUCUCAUCUUCCCUGAUUCAAUUAAAAUAACUACUAGGGAAGGGGAGUAUUACUUUAAUAUGUUUCUGAAAAAAAGUGAAACAUUCGCCCUCAUGGAUCAGUUAAUAGAUUUAGCAAUGAAAAGAUUAAUAGAUGAAAGUAAAAAGUUUAACGAAGAUAAAGAUCUUUUAUACAAAUUAAGUAAAAAUGUACCUAAAAAGGCAUCAUUUCUGAAACGAGACCUAGAUGCAAGAGCUCACUCUGAAGCCUACAGAUUAAUGUUUCGUUUACCAGCCUCUGAAAAAUUAGAUGGUUCUAUCGAUUGCACACUUUUAACACCUUAUAACAAAAGACACGUUAUUGGUCGGUUAUUUCUUUCUCAGAAUUUUAUUUGCUUUGAAAGCAGGGUAAAAUCACUGGUUAGUUUAGUAAUUCCCUUAAGAGAUGUUAAAUUAGUUGAGAAAACUCAAAAUAAUUCUUCCACUAUGUCACUGGAUAAGGCAAUAAUAGUUUCUACUAAAAAUGAAGUUAAUAAUUCUAAUUUUUUAUUCGCUCAAAUAUCUGAUAGAGACUUUUUGGUUGAAAAAUUAUCCGAAUUGCUUGCAAGAACUCCUCAUACUUCCCAUCCUCCAGGUCUAUUGCGAACCCCAAGUUCUACUACAAAGCACGCAGGAGAUGCUCCGUUAACUGAAGAGGAAAAUAUAUAUAAAUGGAAGGUCCAGCCCCCACUUAUGGUGUUAUUUCCUCUUAGUUCCAUUCCUGAAGUCUUAAAAAAACAGCAGGCCAAAGAGAAAGAAUGGGAAUUACAUUUUAACGAAUAUGGACGGGGAAUAUCCAUGUACAGAACAACCGAAGUAGCACAACUUGUUCUUUAUGGUAUCCCAGAUACCCUUAGGAUGGAAAUAUGGAUGUCAUUUUCAGGCGCAAUAAACGAAAAAGCAACUCACCCUGGCUACUACCAUUCCCUGGUCGAUCAAGCGCUUCAGCAACGCUCCACUGCAAACGACGAAAUCGAAAGGGAUCUCCACCGAUCACUUCCGGAGCACCCUGCUUUCCAAAACCCCAUUGGAAUCGACGCUUUACGUCGUAUCUUGUGUGCAUACGCCUUACGGAACCCAAACAUAGGCUACUGCCAAGCAAUGAACAUUGUAGCAUCCGUCCUUUUGAUAUACUGUUCAGAAGAAGAAGCUUUCUGGCUUCUAGCCGCCCUCUGCGAGAAUCUCUUACCCGAUUACUACAACACUAGAGUGGUGGGAGCUGUUGUUGAUCAGGGUGUACUAGAUAAUUUGACUAGAGAAUACUUGCCCUCCUUGCACACAAAAUUGGACAGUUUAGGAAUGAUUCACAUUAUUUCGCUGUCCUGGUUUUUGACUAUCUUCCUCAGCGUUAUGCCAUAUGAGAGCGCCGUUAAUGUUAUUGACUGUUUCUUCUACGAUGGGGCCAAAGUCAUUUUUCAGGUGGCUCUAAUGGUUCUUAAACUAAACCAAGAGAAAUUAAUCGAGUGUAGGGAUGAAGGGGAAGCCUGUCAAGUUCUGGCCAAUUUCUUAAUGGGUAUUUAUAAUGAUGAGGGGAGAGGAGCUGUCAGAAAUAAGGAAUAUGAUAAACAGAAGAAAACAAUUUCUGUAAAGAACCUAAUAUAUGAGGCAUAUACCGAGUAUGGAUUUUUAACAACUGGACACAUAGAGCGUCUUAGAUUGAAGCACAGACUUCGAGUCGUGCAAGAGCUCGAAGACAAUAGCGAACGAAAUGUAAUUCGAAGUGUUAGUGGCGACGAAUUUUUCACAAAAGAAGAAUUACAAGAACUGUUAAGUAUCAUAAGGGAAGAGCUUUUAAGUCAACAACGUCACCUGUUUUACAAGAACGAAUCUUCGAGUCAACAGCCUUAUGAAGCUUACAAAGUUGACUUUGAAUAUUUUAAAAUACUUUUUGCGGCACUGUCACCGUGGGGUAAGGGGGAUCAAGCCGAGCAGCUUGCCGCCAGACUAUUUAGGUUGUUGGACGCAAAACAAGAAGGUUUCUUGAACUUCCGCGAACUGGUGACUGCUUUGGGUUUGACCUGUAGUGUGGAUCCCACUCUAAGACUAACACUUCUGUUUAUCCUUCAUCUUCCCCCCUUGCUUACCCUCUUCGACAUCCAGACGUCUCCCCACUUCGAAAUAGACGCUGACAUUGCUUCCGACGCCGCUGAAUUUUUUAAUAAUAUCGAACAAAGUGUUGCCCUCGAUAGUCUUACCCUGUUACCUGAAUCAUCUUCACCAACUGCUGGAGGAUCUGUAUUCAAUUCUCAAUUAUCUGUUGAUAACUACUCAAAUCAGAAAAGUAGCACCAGCUCCAAAGAUACUUCAUCAUCUUCGUUUGAGGCAAGAAUUCUUUCAAACCUUCGAAAUAUCAUCCUUUCAAAAGAGAGUAGAUGCAAUCUGAAAUCUCUACCAAAAAUGACACAACCCUACUUUAUAGCCCUGUGGAAAACGCUAUAUGAUUUAUUCCAAACACAACCCUUUGAUCAGGAAGCUAACGACUCUAUAACACAUUCCUGUGCCCUGCUUUUUAAACUGGGAGAUGUUGGAAGACAAUUUUUUGUUAAAAGAGAAGACAGUUGUGAUAGUUUAGGAUUUGAAUCAUCAGAAACUUCUCCAGACAAAAAUGGCAAUCCAUGUAUUGUGGGGGACAUCGAAUGGUAUAUAACAGUGGAACAAUUUCUUGCUUCUACAUUGAACACACCUCCCUUUGUGGAUUUCUUUUCUAAGAAAGUGACCCUGACUGAAAACAUCGAAAGCUUAAAAGGUAAACGAUUUCAUAGAUUCAAUAGUCUUUCGGUUCCUGCAGCAAUUAAAGUAUGAUAAAUAUUAGACGUAAAAGAAAUGGUCUCGAAGACUACAAA